AUGAAGAUAGACACAUGCUUACAUGGUAAGUAAGUUUACCAAGAAGUUGGAACAACCGGUCCUUAAACGACAAAUGCGAUUGGUCAGUUCUAAUGGAAUAAUCGACCGAUAAGCUAAUUGGAGAUAGGAAAAUUGGUCCAUAUAUAUGGACUUUUAUGGACUUUAUCGAGCGCCUGCGCCGUCCGCUUUUAGUGCAUCGUCACACGGUCGCGUCGCGACACAUACUAACACAUACGCUUGCGUACUUGUGUUUGUCUCAUCACUCUUGUCCGUCGUCGUCGCCGCAUGAUUCGUAUCGGUUCGCACGUGUCGUCUAGAAUCUGGAAUUGACGAAGCAUCCAGAAGCAUCGAAGCAUAAUAUUGGAAGUGGAAGUGAGCAAAGUUUCUACCGAUUUGAAUAAACAUAGUAUUAAUUAAAUAAAUAAUACUCAUAAAAACGAAAUAGUGUAGAAAAUACUAGGCAUAAUGCCGUGGAUAGUAAUAAAAUUCAAUAAAGAAAAUAAAGUUGACGCUGUACCCACAACAUGGUAUAACAAACAGAAUAAGCAAUGUUAUUGGCCGCCCAAGAAAAUGAGCCAUAAAAUUGCCGAAUUUAUAAAAAAUCAACGUGAACCCGAUGAGUCGUGGAAAUUAUUUGACGCAACGCUUUUGGGCGUUUACGAUGAUUUUAAAUACGCUCAAUAUAAAGCUGAAAAAGCGCAAACAACUGAUCUUUUAACCUCUAACGACGAAUCUCUAGUUUUAAGAAAGAAAAAAUGCACAAAAAAAUCUGAAAAGUUACGAGUCUCUCCUAUAUCUAGUAGCAGUGACAGUGAGAUUUCUGACGAUGAUUCGAAUGAAUAUCCAGUUCAAAUUGAUAAUUUUGAUGUUUCCACAAACAAGAAACGCGUGGCACAAAGAAAAAAUGAACAUAAUACAAGUUUUAUUGAAAUUGAUAAAACUAUAGAAGGUGAGGAAAAGCAGAUAAAAAUACAAUUGCUCGAAUUACAAGAAUGUCAAAAGCAAUAUCUAAAAGACAUAAAUCUCCUGCAUUUAAAAAUUGAUGCAAUUUCGGAGUCAGUUUCUUUAUUGGUAAAAAAUACAAAAACAAUAGUAAAAUCUACCAACUUGCUACAUGAACAACUGCCAAUAUUGAACUUACUUCCAAUGGAUUUGGAAGGAUUAAAUCAAGUAGAGGAGUGGUUACAAAAUGAAGAAAAUAAACAGAACUUGGUGGCAGAAUUAAGCAAAUUGGGCGGACCAACCGUGAAGGAGGUUGUGAAGCGAGUCAUGUAUAAAUUAUUUCAAAAUUCCUUAGGCAUGGAAUACUCCUGGGAAGGCAAAAGAAAGAAAAAAGUUUUUAAGUCACUUUUGAUUUCUUCAGUAAUUAUGGAUGUUGUUCGCGCAAAUAAAAAUACAGCGGAUUGUAGCGAAUACGAGAUUAUUGUAAUAAUAAAGUCAUGGCUUGUUAGAAGCAAGGAACGUUUUUAUAAUAAUACUCUAAUAAGGAACGAUGCAUCGAAACAGGUACAAACUGAACAACAACAAAAAACACAGACUGCACCAAAGAAGGCACAGACUAAACAAAAAAACGCACCGACUGAAUCGAAAGAAAUUGAACAAGAGGAAACGUCUAUUGAACGGACUUUAUCGAAUGAAGAACAAAGAAAUGAGUAACUCUUUGUUUUGUAUGCGUCGUCUAACUCUUUUAUUUAAUUUUUAUUCUUAAAAAAUUUUAUGCUUUUUUUACGUUUGUAACGUUUACAAUGUUAACAAUUUUUUUUUUUUCAAAAAACUUUAUAUUUUAAGUUUAUAUUUAAUACUUUAUAUAUAUUUAUAUAUAAUUUAUAUAUAAAAGUUUAUAUAUAAUACUUUACAUUUUAAGUUUAUUACAAAAUUUAAAAUUUUACGUUUAUAUAUUUUACUUUAAAAAAGUGUAAUAAAAGUACAAUAUUAUGUAGAAAGUAUAUUGUUUACAAUAUUCCAUUGAAGCAAAUUAAAAUGAAUUAAAACAAAUAAAAUUUAUUUACUUUCAUAUUACCAUUCAUUUGUAUUCUCGUAUAUUAUUAUAUCUUAAUAUUUGCUUAUAAUUAGGGUCCGGAUUUUCGUGCACGCAACCCGUGCGCAAGCGGAGAAUUGCUGCGCUACACACGAGAGAGUCGACCGCGCUACGCCGGUUAUCUUUUUUCAGCUGGCGUAUAGCGCAGCGGUUCUCUGCUCUUGGCUCCGUGCACGAAAAUUCGAACCCUACAUUAUAAUUUAAAUAAUGAAAGAAUUAUAAGUUAUACUGCGGUUCAAUUCUGUACGCCUAUCGACAACUAUCGGUGUCGUUACGCAGGCUUUUUGCCAUAUAAAAUAUCUGCGCAAUGACACCGAUACUUGUCGGUAGGCGGUACAAAAUCGAGACCCUGGAAUGUGCUAGACGAAUAUAACAAUUCCAAGAUAAUAUACAUUGCAUAUACAAUGUAUAUACAUCUAUGGAUAUUGAAUGUCCAUUGGAUAUCCACGAGAAUUGAAAUUAAUAUCCAUUGCAUAUUUAAUGUAUCUUCGAAUUGACUCCAGCAGAGAUCCAUUUCACGUCCAUAGAAUA